UGCACGGCAUGGUCUCCGGCGAUCUUCUGCGGCCAAGCCAUGCUUGCUAAAUGCUAAGGCGUACACUCAGGUCGAAUUUUCAUCGUCUGGCAAAGAGAGGAGAACGACGGCGAGCUCCCGCCGCGCUCGGCUCAUCGAGCAUGCUCCCGCAUGUCGCCUGCUACCGACCGGAAAUUCAUAUCGCAGGUCGGCCUCAAAAAGUCGACGUCACCGUGACUAGUCAAGCGGGCUAAUGGAUUGAUAUUUGAUACGAUACGAGCAGGCCACUGACCACCACACGACUAAGCAGAGCCACGUGUUCACGCCAUGGACGCAGCUGCUGCGCCGCUCCUCCUCCUGCUCCUCCUCGCCGUCCUUCUCCUGCUGCGCCUCCGGCGGCGCCGCCCAACAGCGGCAAGCGCGAGGGCCCGCAACCACUGCCCCUACCCGAACCCCGUCGUCGGCAACGUGGUGCCCUUCAUCCGCAACUUCCACCGCUUCCUCGACUGGGCCACCGACCUCCUCGCCGCCGCCCCGGCCUCCACCAUCGAGGUGCGCGGCGCGCUCGGCCUCGGCAACGGCAUCGCCACCGCCAACCCGGGAGUCGUCGACCAUUUGUUGCGGGCUAAUUUCCCCAACUACGUCAAGGGCGCGCGCUUCGCGGCCUCUUUUGCGGACCUCCUCGGCCGCGGCCUUUUCCUCGUUGACGGCCGCCUGUGGAACCUCCAGCGCAAGCUCGCCUCCUACUCCUUCUCGUCCCGCUCGCUGCGCCGCUUCUCGGGACGCGUCCUCCGGGCCCACAUCCACCGCCGCCUCCUUCCUUUCCUUGAGGCUGCCGCUGAAUCCGGCGAGCCCGUUGACCUGCAGGACGUGCUCAAGCGAUUCGCCUUCGACAAUAUCUGCAACGUCGCGUUCGGCGUCGAGAGCUCCACGCUGCUCGAGGAGGCGGGGGAUCGACGCCGACACGAGGCGUUCUUCAAGGCGUUCGAUGACGCCGUCAAGAUCUCCUUCGCGCGGAUGUUCCACCCGACGACCGCCGUGUGGAAGGCGAUGAGGCUCGCCGACGUCGGGAGCGAGCGGCGGCUCCGCGAGGCCAUCGGCGUCAUCGACGAGUACGUGAUGGCGAUUAUGGAGUCAGAGCAGUUGCGCGGGAACGACGAGCAGCACCUGCUAUCGCGGUUCACGGCGGCGAUGGAGGAAGACGACGACAACGAGCUCGGCGCCAUGUUCGAGUCAACGGAGGCGAAGCGCCGGUUCCUGCGCGACAUCGUGGUCAGCUUCGUGCUUGCCGGGAAGGACUCCACGUCCUCCGGUUUGACGUGGUUCUUCUGGCUUCUCGCUGCCAAUCCGCGCUGCGAGCGGCUCGUGUACGAGGAGGCGUCGCGCCACGGAGACGACCACGGUGUCGACGGCGACGGCUACGACGAACUAAAGGGGAUGCGCUACCUGCACGCCGCGAUCACUGAGGCGAUGCGGCUGUACCCGCCGGUGCCCAUCAACUCGCGUGUGGCGGCCGCGGGGGACGUGCUGCCGGACGGCACGACGGUGCGCGCCGGCUGGUUCGCGGACUAUUCCGCGUACGCGAUGGGGAGGAUGACGCGUCUGUGGGGCGACGACUGCCGCGAGUUUCGGCCCGAGCGGUGGCUCGACAAAGGCGGCGAGCUAGUGGCGGUGGACGCGACGAGGUACCCAGUCUUCCACGCGGGCCCGCGGGCGUGCAUCGGGAAGGAAAUGGCGUACGUGCAGAUGAAGGCCGUGGUGGCCGCCGUGGUCAGGAGGUUUGUCGUGGAGACGGUGCAGCCGGCGAGCAUGGAGGCGCCUCCACCGUACGAGAUGACGGUGACGCUGAGGAUGAAGGGCGGACUCCCUGUGCGGAUCAAGAGGCGGGAGGGCCACGCGACCAGCCAGAAACUGACCAACUGGCCAUAAGUCCAUGACAAAGAACUCCAAUCGGAAGCACAGGACUGGUGGCAACUUUGAUUGGGGUCAGGACUCAAGAGCUCCGUCAGAUCGUGGAACAUAUUUAUGAGUUUUACAAACAGUUGUUUAGGGCAAGUUCUAGGAAGCAGAUAAGGUUAUCUGAUUUCUUUUGGAAGGACUAAGGUUGUAAGAGGAAAACAACACUGUCUUAGAACCAAUCUUUCCCUAUUCAGGAGAUUGAGUUGGUUUUUAAAGAAAUAAAAGGAGAUUCCGCUUUGAA